GAAAGGGCUGCUAUCCAAACACGUCGACAUGGAGAAGAUAAACAGAAAAGUAGCACAGCAGCUGUUGACGUUGUGUACAUCUGAAAUUGGGCGUGUAAAUGUUUGUGGAAAGCAGCGUUGCGUGUCAUCUUUAUUAAAUUGAAUUAUAUUUCAUUGAAGCUACUGUGUUAAGGGAGAAGCAAAUGGUCGUGACAACAUGGACAGUGGCCUGAGUCCCCAGGAUAAAAAAGACUUGGACAAGUUCAUUAAGUUCUUUGCCUUGAAGACUGUCCAGGUGAUUGUCCAAGCUCGUCUUGGAGAGAAGAUUUGCAAUCGCUCGUCCUCAUCACCUACUGGCUCUGAUUGGUUUAAUUUGGCCAUUAAAGACAUCCCAGAGGUGACUCAUGAAGCCAAGAAGGCACUGGCUGGUCAACUUCCAGGCAUCGGACGCUCCAUGUGUGUUGAGAUCUCCCUGAAGACAUCAGAGGGUGACUCAAUGGAGUUAGAGACUUGGUGCGUGGAGAUGAAUGAAAAGAGGUGUGAUAAGGACAUCAAGGUGUCGUAUACAGUCUACAAUCGUCUGUCUGUCCUUCUGAAGUCUCUGCUGGCCAUCACCAGAGUAACACCCGCCUAUAAACUGUCGAGAAAGCAGGGACACGACUAUGUCAUCUUAUACAGGAUUUACUUUGGGGAAGUCCAGCUGGGUGGAUUAGGAGAAGGUUUUCAGACGGUUCGUGUCGGUGUUGUUGGCACUCCCGUUGGCACAGUCACGCUUUCAUGUGCUUACCGCACCAACCUGGCAUUCAUGUCCAACAGACAGUUUGAGCGCUCGGCUCCUAUCAUGGGGAUCAUUGUGGAUCACUUUGUGGAUCCUCCCUGCAGCAGCCAGCGUCCUGCAAACAUGGGACAGCCCUGCAACUACAGAGCUCCAGAUGAGGAGGACGGAGGACCGUUUGCAGGGGUUCAGGAUUCACAGGAGGUCUGCACCACCUCCUUCUCCACCUCCCCUCCCUCUCAGUGUGUGUGUACACUGAGUCCCUCGCCCUCUAAACUGUCUAAGCCCCUCCCUCUGGACAAUCUGCAGCUUCCAUUGGCUCCUGGACUUGUCACUCACACUCUGUAUGCUUCCAGGUUAUCAUACCAGCCUCCACCUCUAGGAGGAGCUGCUGAGCUGUGUCACCCUGCUGCCAAUCCAAACCAGGUGUUGCAUGCUGGGAAGGAGGGCGGGGUUGUGUUGGUUCCUGCCCACCCUCCUCAUGGGGCUGAUGCCCAUCUGACAGUAGAUCACGCCCCCAACACACCUGGCAGCAGCGGUGACGACGACGGCCUGUCGCAGAGUGGAGACGGAAGGAGGGAUGAAGGCAGGAGGAGUGUUUCUCCCUCUGACCCUGUGGAGUCUCUCAAUGCAUUCACGAGGAAAAUCGGAGCCUUCGUCAAUAAACCCAGCACACAGAUAACAGCAGCCAGUCUGGACCUGCCAUUUGCUGCAUUUGCUCCUCGAGGCCUGGACUCAGAGGAGAAUGAUCCCAUGGUGCAGCCUCCAGACUCUCCUCCUUGCCCAUCACCCCUGCAGGCCAGCCUCCAUUCUCAGGGCUCAGAGGGAUCGGGGCAGCAGGAUGACUUUGUCAUGGUCGACUUUCGUCCAGCCUUCUCUAAAGAUGACUUGCUGCCGAUGGAUCUGGGCACUUUCUACAGAGAGUUUCAAAACCCUCCUCAGCUGGCCAGCCUCUCACUACACAUCAGCUCCCAGUCGAUGGCCGAUGACCUGGACUCACUGCCAGAGAAACUGGCCGUUUAUGAGAAAAACAUGGACGAGUUUGACGCUUUUGUGGACAUGCUCCAAUAGAGGAGUGAAGAAAAUGGCUGAAAGGAGAGGACUACAUGUGAGAAGAGAUUAAAUGGAUGAUGGCAAAAGAAUGAAAGGGAGAAGCAGACUGGAGGCUCUGUAGUUUGUCACUCAGACUAAAUCACCAUGUUUUGAUGUGAAGCUCCUCAUUUCCUCUUACCUUCCUGUCCAGCACGCUCACCUCGCUUACCAGCUUGUACAGAUCGCCCUCUCCGCUGUAAAUACUGUAUUAGCUCAGACACUGGCAUACCCCCUUCUCUGGUCUGGUAGUGUUAAUUAUAAGAAAACCUGUAUUUUCUGUGUGGCAUAAAUCCGCUUGUCACCAGUGUUUAAUCAGGAAAUCAGAUGAUCAUGUGGUUUUGUCACUUUUAGACAGCCAUGCUAUUCAAGGACAGACUACCUGCACACAUAAUUUUGUUAAACUGUAGCUCACUAUUGAACACUGCUAGCCUCUGAAGGUUUCCAACACAUUGCCACCCUUAUAUCUGAGCUAAAAGGUGAAAGAUCUGUGAUGUGACACAACAUUGAAAUAUAGAAAAAGCUGGUCUCAGCAAAUAAAUUGCACUAAACCUUACAGUGGAUGCUAGUCCUUUGCAAAUAAGACAUGUCCUGCUUUACAUUCUCACAAUUGACAGUCACGAAUCAGAAGCAGUUGAGGGUUCAUUGCCUUGCUCAAGGGCAACUUGGAUGUGACAAGCCUCCUUUGUUUACCCUAGCCAGGUGUUCCCAGCUGGUCUGGGGAUUUAAACUGCCAACUCCAAUGUUAGCAAAUGGCCCCAGUGGAAUUUAACGUGAAUUAACUGCAAUCCUUGUGUGUACAGAAAACAUUUUUCCAUGCUGAAGCAACUUGCGGAACUACACUCAGUUGCCAGUUUAUAUAUAUGUAAGCUAGCAAAAACUAAUAGUGCUGCAAUAAAUUUUACAUCCAUGAAGGUCAAAGUGUUAUGGUCAUUCUGGAGGUUGUAAUUUGUACUGCUGUUGAAUUAUGUUAUACUGAAGUGUCUGUGUGUCAACUCCGUAUAAACAGUUUAACUGCUCCACAAGCUACAACCUCCAAAAUAGACUAUAGACACCUCGCAAACACUUUAAACAAAAAGUUAACCUUCAUGAAGGCAGGAUUUGCUGCAGGGCUGCUGUAUUAGACUGGCAACUGAGUGUAUUUACUUUAGUCUGUACAAUAUGCAUAUGUAUAUUUUGGGGUUUUGUAAACGUGACUGUCUACAGCAGGCACCAGGUCACCAUCCAUGACUGUUUGAGCUUGGUUGAAAGCUUUAAUUUAAACUUUUCUUUGCUGUUGGUCUAGAUGUCCUAAUAAAAAGCAUGGCUGCUCUGUUAAAACUA